CUUCCGCUGGUCCACAUCAUCUCAAAAUGAUUGCAGAUGUUCAUCCUUUGAUACAAACUUUUCUGGGAACUUUAUUUACAUGGGGCCUUACUGCACUUGGCUCUUCACUCGUAUUUGUUUUUAACAGCGGGCAGCGAAAAAUUCUUGAUGGCAGCUUGGGAUUUGCAGCAGGGGUAAUGAUGGCAGCCUCCUAUUGGUCACUGUUGGCCCCAGCUAUAGAGAUGGCAGAGAGAUCAGGGAGUUAUGGUGCCGAAGGUCAAUGGGCGUUUAUUCCUGUUGCCAUUGGUUUCACCCUUGGGGCUGUGUUUGUGUACGGUGCUGAUUUCUUCAUGCCCUUACUGGGUGCUGACAGCACUACGAGCCUAGCUCUGUCCCUCGACUCGAACCAGAAACAGUACAAGGAUGGACACACGCUAGACUCCACCAUACAGAUACCAGAACACCAGUAUGAGGAUGGUUACAAGUCAUCAGGGGGUCUUCAGCGACGGCGGGGUGGUGACCAGCCUGUAUCCCCAUCCCUGGGCGACCAGUCCAUGCCAGGCAAUACACCUUCAGUGAGCUGGAGGAGAAUACUCCUCCUCAUCAUCGCCAUCACAAUACAUAACAUCCCUGAGGGCCUGGCAGUAGGGGUGGGGUUUGGUGCUAUUGGGAAAUCUCCCGCAGCCACUUUUGAAAAUGCAAGGAAUUUGGCAAUCGGCAUCGGUAUACAGAAUUUCCCUGAAGGGCUUGCUGUGAGCUUACCACUAAAGGGAUCGGGCAUGUCAACAUUUAAAUGCUUCUGGUAUGGUCAGCUGAGUGGUAUAGUGGAACCAAUAGCUGGUCUGUUUGGAGCAGUUGCUGUGGUGAUAGCGGAACCCAUCCUGCCAUAUGCCCUCGCAUUCGCUGCUGGGGCCAUGAUCUACGUAGUUGUUGAUGACAUCAUACCCGAAGCUCAAACAUGUGGUAACGGGAAGCUGGCCUCCUGGAUGUCCAUAGUUGGCUUUGUGGUCAUGAUGACAUUAGAUGUAGGGCUGGGCUGAUACGGAUGAGAUUGGAGGGGCUGUGCAGACUCAGGGUCCUCAUUACAUUCCGCCUAGCUUUGGCUACAGUCCAAGUCACACACUGCAGUCUUUCAACCAUAUAUACCAUGUUGUUUUGUAUAGACCUUAUUAUAAUAUUAUGGAAUUUAUGGAUGUUUGCUGUGACAUUGUUUUUUACAAAAUUUAUGAGGUAUUAGGGUUUAAAAUAUUAAUUUUUUUUUGCUGAAACAAUAUUGAUAUAACACUUCUGUUUGCAAUGAAAUUUGCCAUUACAAGGUUUUGAAGCAUUGAAUGAGUGUGGCUUUAACUCUGACCAAGUCCACCAAGUGAACUUAAAAACAAGGCAACAUAAAGCCAGUCAAUCAACUUGACACAUCAACGAAACCAAGUGCCACAAUUCAGUAAUCUUGGGAGUAACCGUAUCACGAGGAACUGACUACUGAACAGGCAGUCCCAUACCUCUGCAAGUCAUCCAUACAUACUCAGUUUGCAUUGGCUCACUUUAAAGGACCAAUGAAAAUGUAGCUUUAUAUAACACUUGCAAGAAUGGUGUGGUAACAAGAGACACUUUUUAAAUACUUAAAACUGUUUAUUACUUUUCGAAGCUCGGCACAAAUUGACCAUCUCUACGGUGCCAAGUGGCAUUGCAAUCGAGCGAUGUUUUAACAAGUAUGACAAGUAUGUUUUGCCAAGUUUGUUUGCAAACAGGGGAACAAGUAUAUGCUAAUUAAGUUUCAAAUAAUAAAGAAAUUUUGAGUGAUUGUAAACUAAUUCUAACAUUCUACUAACAUUUAUAAAUACAUGUAGUUGUUUAUAAAAAGAAGCAAAAUUGUGUUAUUGUUGUGUGACCAUAUGCACCUACUCUUUCACAAUCUUGUAUUAUUAUAAUAAAGAGCAGGUGUCUGUGUUCAAUUUAAAUUUCGGCUAACUGGAAAAACAUGAGGAAUAAGUGGACAUAGUUAUUAUGUUCAAGGACCCAGACUUACUUGUUACUGUGCAUUCUAGAUAAGACAUUGUUAGUACUUGUUUCUAUUUCAUAUUUAACAUAAUUUAUCUUUUUAGAUUCCUUUUUUGUUUUUAUUAGCUCACCUGUCACUUUGUGACAUGGUGAGCUUUUGUGAUCGCCUUUUGUCCGGCGUCCGUCGUGUGGCGUGCGGCGUGCAUCGUCCGUCAACAAUUUACUUAAAAGACAUCUCCUCCUUAACCGCUGGGCCAAUAUUAAUAAAAAUUCAUAGGGAUGUUCCUUGGGUGGUCUUCUAUCAAAGUUGUUCAAAGAAUUCAAUUCCAUGCAGAACUCUGGUUGCCAUGGCAAACAAAAGGAAAAACUUUAAAAAUCUUCUUCUCCCAAACCACAAGGCUUAGGCCGUUGAUAUAUGGUAGGUAGGAUCACCAAAUGAUCCUCUACCAAGAUUGUUCAAAUUAUGGCCCUGGGGUCAAAAUUGGCCCCGCCCCGGGGGGUCAUGGGUUUUCUCUAUAUGUUUAUAGUGAAAACUUCAAAAAUCUUCUCCUCUGAACUUACUUGGCCUAGAGCUUAGAUAUUUGGCAUGAUUCAUCGUCUAGUGGACUUCUACAAAUUUUGUUCAAAUUAUGGCCCUGGGGUCAAAAUUGGCCCCGCCCCGGGGGGUCAUGGGUUUUCUCUAUAUGUUUAUAGUGAAAACCUUAAAAAAUCUUCUCCUCUGAACUUACUUGGCCUAGAGCUUAGAUAUUUGGCAUGAUUCAUCGUCUAGUGGACCUCUACAAAGUUUGUUCAAAUUAUGGCCGUGGGGUCAAAAUUGGCCCCGCCCCGGGGGGUCAUGGGUUUUCUCUAUAUGUUUAUAGUGAAAACUUAAAAAAUCUUUUCCUCUGAACUUACUUGGCCUAGAGCUUAGAUAUUUGGCAUGAUUCAUCGUCUAGUGGACCUCUACAAAGUUUGUUCAAAUUAUGGCCGUGGGGUCAAAAUUGGCCCCGCCCCAGGGGGUCAUUGGUAUUCUCUAUAUGUUUAGAGUUAAAACUUCAAAAAUCUUCUCCUCUGAACUUACUUGGACUAGAGCUUAGAUAUUUGGCAUGAUUCAUUGUCUAGUGGACCUUUACAAAGAUUGUUCAAAUUAUGGCCUUGGGGUCAAAAUUGGCCCUGCCCCGGGGGUCAUGGGUUUUCUCUAUAUGUUUAUAGUGAAAACUUCAAAAAUCUUCUCCUCUGAACUUACUUGGCCUAGAGCUUAGAUAUUUGGCAUGAUUCAUCGUCUAGUGGACCUCUACAAAGUUUGUUCAAAUUAUGGCACUGGGGUCAAAAUUGGCCCCACCCCGGGGGGUCAUGGGUUUUCUCAAUAUGUUUAUAGUGAAAACCUUAAAAAAUCUUCUCCUCUGAACUUACUUGGCCUAGAGCUUAGAUAUUUGGCAUGAUUCAUCGUCUAGUGGACCUCUACAAAUUUUGUUCAAAUUAUGGCCCUUGGGUCAAAAUUGGCCCCGCCCCGGGGGGUCAUGGGUUUUCUCUAUAUGUUUAUAGUGAAAACUUCAAAAAUCUUCUCCUCUGAACUUACUUGGCCUAGAGCUUAGAUAUUUGGCAUGAUUCAUCGUCUAGUGGACCUUUACAAAGAUUGUUCAAAUUAUGGCCUUGGGGUCAAAAUUGGUCCGGCCCCUGGGGGGUCAUGGGUUUUCUCUAUAUGUUUAUAGUAAAAAAAAUCAAAAAUUUCCUCUGAACUUACGCUGCUUAGAGCUUAGAUAUUUGGCAUGAAUUAUCGUCUUGUGGACCUCUACAAAGAUUGUUCAAAUUAUGGCCUUGGGGUCAAAAUUGGCCCCACCCCCUUGGGGGGUCAUGGGUUUUCUCUAUAUGUUUAUAGUGAAAACUUCAAAAAUCAUCUCCUCUGAACUUACGUUGCUUAGAGCUUAGAUAUUUGGCAUGAUUCAUCGUCUAGUGGACCUCUACAAAGUUUGUUCAAAUUAUGACCCUGGGGUCAAAAUUGGCCACACCCCUGGGCUGAUGGGUUUUCUCUAUAUGUGUUAUAGUGAAAACUUAAAAAAUCUUCUCCGAACUCACAAAGACAAGUAACGUCUUAAUUUAAACUGGAUAACAUAUUUAGUACACAUACCAAUUUUCAAUAUGGGCCACAUACAACAAUUAAUAACAAAUAUACAUAUAUAGAUACACACGUAAAAUCAAGUAGUGACAAGAGCUUAGAUAUUUGGCAUGAUAUAUCAUCUAGUUGACUUGUACCAAUAUUGUUCAAUCUUUGGCCCUGGGGUCAAAAAAUGGCCCCACCCGGGCGGUCAUGGGUUUCCUUAUAUAUGUAUAUGAUGAAAACUUAAAAAAUCUUCUUCUCCGAAACCAAAAGGCGAAGGCCUUAGAUAUUUGGUAUGAAGCAUCGUUUAUCGGACCACUAUUAAGAUUGUUCAAACUUUAGCCCUGGGGUCAAAAUUGGCCACGCCUCGUGUUCAUAGGCUUAGGUUUUCAAUAUUUGUAUAUAAUGGAAGAAUGUGCAAUAUAUGACAGGUGAGCGAUUCAGGGCCAUUUGGCCCUCUUGUUAUUCAAUUUUUACCCAUGUUCAUACUUUUUUGGUAAGGGGUUUGUUAAACUUUGAUAUCUGUUACUUUGAGAAUUUGUAAUGUUAAAAAUACUUACUAUUGUCCAAGUGGCAUCCUGUUCUAUUUUUGUUGUUUUGCUGUGUCUAAACUGAGCAAGAUAUGUAUGCAGUAUGUUUUCUGGAUGAUUUUUUGUUCAAAUAUGAAUGUAUAAGUGAUGUUAAUAUAGAAAUCAACGAAAAAUGUGUAUUAUAUUUAGACUUGAUGGAGUCAAGUGUAUAAUGAUUAAACAGCAUAUACAUAUCUAUAUUUAUGUUUACUUAAAAUGAUUGGAUCAUAGAAAUAGCUGUUUGAUAUUUAAAUGGUGAUUGUACAACAUUGAAAGUUUAUUUAUAAAGAGGUAUAAGUUUUAAGUGGUUUGCUUCAAUAUUUUAAAACGGCUGUUGUUGCUUUUAAAGAAUAAUCUUUGAGGUAUUGUCAUAGCCUUCAUGUCACUGUUGGCGGCGACAUUGUCAGCUUGCAGAAACUAAGUUUGGCCAUUACUUAAAGACAAUGCAGAAUAUUCAAAUGAAUGUGGGUACACAAGCUGCCAGACACAAUACACACAUACUGAAAGAUCUAUAACUGUUGUUGUAAUAGUUGUCUAGUAAUGCCCAUGUUUUCUACUAAAAGACAACAACAGAUGAGCCUUACCAUUCUCUCCAUGGCACUCUUAUUAUACUUCCCCUUUUUGUCAGCUUGUUUGAUUGAAUUUUACAAUGAUUCUCUUUUAUACUGUCAGUUGUGCAAAAAACAUUUUUGACAUAAUUCAGUAAGCGCAGAUAAAUGUUAAAACACAUCACAUUCUCAAAGCUGUCUUAAUUUGCAUGAAGAUGUUCAUGUAAAGAAUAAUUUAAAGAAAUGAUAGAGCAAUAGUCAAUCAAGCCUUGAUCUCAUUGUUAGCAGCUGCGUCAUUGCCAUGGGGACAAAUCUUUAUUGUCAGCUUUAACUUGAAAACCAUUAACAAUAUUUACAUUAAAUAAGGUAUUUAUAUUUACUAUGACAUUGAGCACAUAUGUAGAUAGUGCCAUACCAGAUACACUGUGGAGUUAUGCCCCUUGAAAGGCCUUGGCUAACUGGAAAAUUGACAAGGGUUGGCAUCUUUUGUUUCUUUUUGUAUCAUGAAGCUCAAAAGCUUUUAUUAUUAUCCACGAAAAAAAACUAUGCAUUGAGGUUUUACAUGUUUAAAGUGUUAAUGUGUUAUCAGCUGAUAUCUAUAGUAGUUAUAGUAAAUGAAUUAAUUUACCUUGCAAAUAAAAAAGUAAAAAUUA